AUUACCGUCUCCAAACCCAAGAAAAACCGCUUCGCUAGCGCCAGCAGUAAUAGAAAAAACCAAACAUCAUUCAGAUCUCUGAAUUCUAAACGCGCAAAACUCUUCUCUGGUUCGCAAGAACACCUUUCCUUCCUCCACAAAUCUCUCCAUCAAGCACCCGCGUGCAUUCAUCAAUCUCUCUCGAGCAUCGAAUGGCCUCGCCGUCCGACACCUCCAACCAGGAGGCCGUCGUUAGGAAGCAAAGCAAAGGAGCCCCAUUUAAGUUCUUAGUCCCUCUUAUAUACGCCCCUGUUCUUCCUCUCAUUCGGCUCUCGUUGAGGAAGAACCCGGUGGUGAGGGAUCGUUUGUUUACCCUCGUCUUAGCUGGGGCUUUUGCUCAUGGGUUUUACUUGGUUACGGACAUAUAUGACGCUGAAAGCAAGUGAUGCGGGGAGCUUGAAGACGGAGUACAAAAUAGUCCUCACAUGUUUUUAAUAUUGGCCAAUCCAUUCUUACCCACCCUGGUGCGUGUUAGCACUCAAAAUUUUUGCAGGAUCAUAUUUUAAGUAAUGUUGUACUCCUAUUUUUUGGUUGUGGUAGGGGAUCUUGGGAAUUGGGGCCCAAUCAUGAUAUAGAGACUUACUGAUGUUUUGAAUAAAUGACCAGCUCUUGCUGAUU